AAAUUUCCAAAAUUAUCUCGCAUGCCUCGCUGUGUCCGUAUUACUGCGUGGCCGAUCAGCAGCAUCUGCAUCGUCCUGUUUCACAAUUUUAGUGAUAAAUUUCAGGACCGGUUUAAAUCUUGUUUCUAAGCUCCUGUCCCUUCACCCAGUGAUCAAACAUGACUGCUCUAACAUGGGAGGAAAAGGAACAACUCAUCGGCCGGAAUCUGCAGGAGAUUCUGGGCCAGGACAAUAUGCGAACCAUAUUGAAGGAGCGAGACUUGAAGAUUUACUGGGGCACGGCAACGACGGGUAAACCGCAUAUUGCCUACUUCGUGCCGAUGUCCAAGGUGGCCGAUUUCCUGAAAGCUGGUUGCGAGGUGACGAUCCUGUUUGCCGAUCUGCAUGCCUAUUUGGACAACAUGAAGGCACCGUGGACGCUGCUGCAGGAACGUACCAAGUAUUACGAAGCGGUAAUAAAGGCGAUGCUCACUUCGCUGGGCGUUCCUUUGGAAAAGUUAAAGUUUGUCAGGGGGACAGACUAUCAGCUUUCGAAGGAGUAUACCCUGGAUGUUUAUAAACUAUCUUCGGUGGUAACUCAGCAUGAUGCCAAGAAGGCUGGUGCAGAGGUGGUUAAGCAAGUGGAACAUCCUUUGCUGUCCGGUAUUUUGUAUCCUGGGUUGCAAGCUUUGGACGAAGAAUACUUGAAGGUGGAUGCCCAAUUUGGAGGAGUAGAUCAACGAAAGAUUUUUACUUUUGCGGAAAAGUAUUUACCUGCAUUGGGCUACGCCAAGAGGAUUCAUUUGAUGAACCCUAUGAUUCCCGGAUUAGCCGGUGGCAAAAUGUCUUCCAGUGAGGAGGAUUCUAAAAUCGAUCUGCUGGACAGUGCAGCUAAGGUGAAGUCGAAAAUCAAGAAAGCUUUCUGUGAACCAGGAAACAUCGAGGAUAAUGGUUUGCUGAAAUUCGUCAAGCAUGUCAUCUACCCAAUGUUUAAAAGCGGCGAGGGUUUCGAAAUCAAGCGGAAAGCUGAGUUUGGAGGUGACAAACUGUUUGAAAAGUAUGAAGACUUGGAAACUUACUUCGCAUCUCAGGAAUUGCACCCUGGUGAUUUGAAGGCUGCAGUAGAAAUCUACAUCAACAGGUUGCUGGAGCCGAUUAGAAAAGCUUUCGAUGAUGACUUCCAUAAGCAACUUACUGAACGUGCUUAUCCUACGGCAGGUGCAGGGAACAAAAAAGGUGGAGCUGCUCAAGCUACCGGUGAUAAUACCCCAGAUAAGGUGGAGCUUACCGUUGGUCAAAUCGUGGAGGCCGUCAAACAUCCUGAUGCCGACACUCUGUGUGUUCUAACCGUUGAUAUUGGAAAUGAGCAGAAAAAAUCCAUUGUAAGCAAUCUGAUGGCUUACUUUUCGCUGGACAACCUCAAGGGAAAAUCUGUGGUGACGGUCACCAAUAUGAAAUCGUCCAAAAUGCGCGGAGUCGAAAGUGAGGGUCUGGUACUUUGUGCUUUCAAUCAGGACAAAUACGAGCCACUGGCGGUCCCCGAAGGAACAAAAAUUGGAGAGAGAAUCAUCGUGGAAGGUUUCGACAACACCAAGGCCGAGGUUGCCCAGUUGAAUCCUAAAAAGAAGGUUUGGGACAAAAUUCAAGCCGAACUUAAAACCAACAGCGAUGGCGAAGCACUUUGGAAAGAAUUUUCUCUGCUAACCCUUAAUGGCGAUAGGGUUUCCAGCACUCUCAAGGAGUGCAAUAUCAAGUAAAACAUCUGUCGCUCUCAAAACUACUGGAUAUUGAUGUUGCAUAUUUCGCCGAUGCUUGAUGAAAUUUGGCUUAGGAAAAAUGAUCAGUCGUUAUUUAUGUUUCGAUAAUUAAAUAUUAAAGUUGUGCAGUUUUUGUAACCAUUUCAUCAUUCAGUUGCAUUUUUUUAAACAUUCGUUUCUUCCAGAGAUUUAUCGCAGCGCGAAUGCAGCGUAAUAAACGGAACAAAACUCAGCAAUAAA